GAUGAAAUCCGAAGGUAUUGAAAUCAAGCCAAAGCUAGGGGAGAACAGUAGAUGAGGUGCAGAUAGAAGCUCGAAAUCUGGAAACAAAUGGCUGAUAAAUUGGCCCCUGAGAAACGUCACAGCUUCACCCACAACGAUCAGAAGGUCUUCGAAUGGGACCAAACGCUUGAAGAGGUUAAUAUUUACAUCAAUCUCCCGGAAAAUGUUCCUAAGAAGCUAUUCUAUUGCAAGAUAGAGUCCAAACAUUUCGAAGUUGGGAUUAAAGGCAACCCUCCAUACCUUAAUCAUGAUCUAGCCAAUCAUGUGAAGACGGAUUGUUCAUUCUGGACUUUAGAGGAUGAUGUUAUGCAUGUAACCCUUCAGAAGAGGGAUAAAGGACAGACAUGGCCUUCUCCUAUCAGGGGUCAAGGUCAGUUGGAUCCUUAUGCCACAGACAUUGAACAGAAGCGCCUCAUGCUUCAAAGAUUCCAGGAAGAGAAUCCGGGAUUUGAUUUUUCGCAAGCACAAUUUAGUGGCAAUUGCCCCGAUCCCAAUACCUUCAUGGGUGGGAUCCGAUCAGCUUGAUGAUGCAAUUAAUUGUGACCAAUAUUGUCCAACAAAAUGUUGGUUUGCAGUUUACUCUGUUGUCAAGCCAAAACAUGAUUUUCAGUUGUGUUAUCAUGUGUUAGUUCAUGGAAAUGGAAUUGAUUCAACUAAACCCAGUUCAUGUUAUUAACUACUCCCAUUUUCAGUUGUAUUUAACUUAAUUAUGUCUUGUGAUGAAUAUUUUUAGUAAAUAGUAGGCACUUGUUACCACUGGAUGAAAGUCAUUACCAUUUACCACUAACAGCUUGAGGUGGGCAUAUCAAUUUAGAGCCCG